AAAUUGACACCCGCGACUCUCGGAGAUAUAGACAGCAUCCACGGCGGCGCAUGCAUACACUUCGACACCGAGCCGCAGCCGCGCGGUUCCCAGAUCUGAGGUGAACCCCCACUCGCCAUCCCGGCACGUUUUCCACGUAUAACUGGCGGAUCUUAGCGGCAGAAAGGGGCAGAGACGCGAUGUUCCUUAAAGUGGCCGCAGCGCUGCUGGUUCUCUCGGUACUGGAGCAAGUGGUGGGCUCGGAUAAUAUCGACAUUUACGACACCCCGCCGGAGAAGCCCGCCAUCCCCAAAGGACGCCUCUCCCUGCAAAAUACAGCUGAGAUCCAGCACUGCUUGGUGAGCGCAGGCGACGUCGGCUGUGGCGUGUUUGAGUGCUUUGAGAAUAACUCCUGCGAGAUUCGAGGGCUACAGGAGAUCUGCAUGACGUUCCUGCAUAAUGCCGGCAAAUUUGACUCUCAGGGUAAAUCCUUCAUCAAGGAUGCUCUGAAAUGUAUGGCCCACGGGCUUCGACACAAGUUCAGCUGUAUCAGUAGGAAGUGUGUUUCCAUUAAGGAGAUGGUGUUCCAGCUCCAGAGAGAGUGUUACGUCAAACACAAUCUGUGCUCAGCUGCUAAGCAGAAUGUGGCCGUCAUGGUCGAGAUGAUCCAUUUUCAGGAUCUCUUCCCUAAAGGUCCUUAUGUGGAGCUGGUGAACAUUCUGCUGGGUUGCGGCGAGGAAGUGAAGGAGGCAUUAACUCGUAGCGUCCGGCUUCAGUGCGAGCAGAACUGGGGAGCUUUGUGCGACAGCCUGAGUCUAUGCUCCUCCCUGACGCCCUCGCCCUCCGCUGCCGAACAACGCCGCCCCUCGCCGUCUCACCCCCAGCCCGAGCACCCUCGACACACGCGCCACGGGGACAGGGACAAAGCUGGCAAGGUUGGGCUCCACGCUCCUUCUCGCGGUCGCAAUCAGGGACUGCGCCGCCAGAGUCCAGAUGCCAGUGUGGCUGCGGAGCAGGAAGAGCCCUAGGCCACUGACAUUAGGAGGUGAAAAUGCAGGAGAUUACAACACUGAUAACCCUUAUCACCAUUUACUAGCACAAUUGGACAUUGUCACAUGAACACACACACACACUGAGCAGAGGGCAACACAACCCUUUUCUGUGUACUCUUUUUCACCUUCUCCAGUCAUUCCAACAGUCCCACAAGGUAAAAUUGCAGGGUAAUUGUGGCAUAGCAUGUAUUGUGACGCCUGCCGAUAGGCCACUUUUUUUUCCUUUUUUUUUAAUGAAUAAUGAUUGUUAUUAUCGUGAUUAUUUCUAUUUUUAGGACUGUUUUUGCUCUAAUCUAGCAUUUCUCUAAUCAUACUUACUGUAAGAUUUGACUCCAUUGGUAUUAUUUAUUUUCUUCUUUAAGCAAUGUUGAAAUAUUCAAAUGUACAUAGGAAAAAAGUGAUCUAUAUUUAUAUAAACAUGUAUGAAUAUAAUCAAAUCUAGAGUCGUUACGAUGCGUUUGAGGUAAUAUACAGUGUUUUCCUCACCAUAUUGCACCUGUUUCACAUGAUGUAGAUAUGUAACAUACACAGUCUUGUUUGUAAGUGGAAACGUGUGUUGUAAUUACGUAUACAGAUACUUGACAGUGGAAUACCAAUUGUACAGGUUUGAAGUCCAGUUCUGGCACAUAUUAAUUGUAGCGCAUUAUUACAGCCAUGACGCCAGCAGAAAACGUUUUCAAAUAAGCACAAGUAAUACAUUCGAUGAAUUGAUUUCAAGUUACCCAAAACUGCAAAUUGUUGGCCGGUUAACAGUGCAGACAUGAGGAAUAAGCCAAGAUGUUUAAUUUAAAUGUCGACAGAUUCACAUCAUUCAUUGAGCAAAACACACCAAUGUCUCAUUUAAAGCUCUUCGCGUGCACUGGCAAAUGUUUCAACAUUCUCUCCAUGCUUGUUUCCCAUGUCGUCAUCAGCACCAGGUACAGGUGAACUAUCACACAUUGAAUGGCCUCAGCGUAUUGGAUACCAACAAGUGAGGCAAUUGAAUGUUUUGUUUUGACGAUGUUGAGCCACAAAUGUCUUUGCUGUUGCACUUUUGUCAGCUUUUGCUGGACUGCUGAAAGUUGAAGAGAACAAGUCAUGUGACGCAGGGUCCCCAACACACCGCUUACGGGAUGCUGAAUUUGACCAAGUAUCAUCCAUAUCACCAAGUCCUGUAUAUGUGCUGAUUGAUCCAGACUGGAUGGAGACAUGUCAGCCGUUGCUGUGUCCCCCGCCUUGCGAGUGCCCUUGGAAAUUAGUCCUUUUUCCCUCUCAAGUCCCUCACCCAGGUCAGCAGCGAUGUGGGGUGGGGGGGGGGGGGGGUGGGGGGGGGCUGUUCUCUCCUCUGUUUAAGCCGCACGGCAAUACAUCGAGCACCCAGGAAGUGGGUUAUCUCCACACAUGGGGUAUGUUAUAUUUACACAGGCUACGAGAGCUUUCCUCUGGGCCUCAGCCAAGAGCCUGCAACUCCAAGGCCUGUGUAGGAAGAAGCAAAGAGAAGGGCCCCACUUUUUUUUCUAAAGAUACUUCUCAGGUCACCGUCACAGGCUUUUGACCUUUUAAGGCCAGCCAUGCUUUUGCAGUCUAGAAAUGAAGUUUAAAAGCAUGACACGCAUGCCUUCAAAGCACGGCGACAAUGUACAAUCAACACGUUUCAGUUUGAUUUGAUAUAAUGUAUAACCCCUCUAAUUUAGAAAUCUUUACAAUAUCCAUUCUUAGACCUUACUUCACCCCCACCCCACCGCCAAUUCUUUUCCAGAUGUUGGAGGCCUAAGGAGACAUAAGCUAUUUUCUUUAAUAUGUACUGUAUAGUUGUAAUGUGACAUUCUGUUUAAUGUAGUGGCUUUUCUUUAUAUACGUAUGCAUGUGUGUAUGUAUGGAGAACAAUAAACUAACCUGUUCCUUUUCUCAUCA